AGGGACCACAGUUCUACUGGACGUUUUGGUAGUUCCUUCGUUUCUUGACAGUGUGAACCCUUCAACUUGAAUUUGUGGUAUCUAUUAAAUAUGCCGUCUGUAGAUGGUGAAGAAAAUGGCGAGGAGGAGGUGGAAAGGAGCCCUAAUGAAGACGAGAACAUGAGUGAAGACGAAGAGGAAGAGAGCAGCCUGAGUUCCGACGAAUCGUCUUCCGAGUCCAGCAGUUAGUGCAGACUUAUUGACUUUUUCUUCCGCGCGAUUUUGCUCUUUAGUGUAAAUUGUUUUGCCAGUAUGUUAGCUUAUUCUUAUCUAAAUUUCUUUUUGAUUUUAGUCGACGAAACAGAAAAUGAGAGAAGAAGAAAUGAAUGUCUUAAUGACAUGGCAGACCUGGAAAGACAAUUUAGCGACCUGAAAGAACAGUUAGUUUGAAUUUACUACUUGUAUUAAUUUGUUAAAAAUAAGCUGUUUCUAUGACGAUUUUGAUGAGCAGGUAGUAGCAAAGUGAUACUCCUUUUUCAGGUUGUAUCGAGAGCGCAUCAGCCAAGUUGAGAAGAAGUUGGAUGAAGUACAAUCUGGUAAGUUUUCUGGGGUAGGGUGGAGAAUGAUCUCUUUUCUUUCCCUCUUUCUCCCGCUUUAAAAUAAAAUUUUCCUUUUCAUUCAAAAGUUAAGCUAGUGUAUCCUAAUUGUCUGGAGAGUUGUGUUUAGAUGUUCCUUUUUUGACCCUUUAACUUCCAAAAUCUGAUUGUUAAUUCUCUCCUCUUGCUGCUACACAUUUCCUUUUAAAUUUGCUACAAGAACUUGGUGCAAGAUCAAGAUAAAAAGUUCUUUUUGAUAAGUUUAAGUAUUCUCAUAAACUGCUUGCUAGAAAAUGUAUGGAUAUCAUUGGGAGAAAUUCCAUGUCAGUCACUUCUGGGAGUUAAGGGGUUAAGGAUUAUCCAUCUGUUUCCUUUGUCAAUCCUUCAUCCUGGUUGUUCAAGUUUCUUCAAUACCUUCCACCUCCUUUUAAUAAAACUACAGGCAUUGUUACCCUCUUCUUUCCCCACAAUUUGAGUCUCUGUGACAACAGCCCCUGUGCACAAGGAAGUCACUUGAAAAAAAGGGUAGCAAGGGAGGUCACAUAUACUUUGAACAGUAUUUCACGCAUUACAAAUCUAAAAGGAAAAAUUACAAAUCUCACCUUAACUUGCCUUUCUCUAAAUUUUUUGUGUUAUGGAUUAAUUUUGGCCAUAAUCACACAUCACUUUUAAACCCUAUUCCACCUUCUUGACAAAAUUACAGUCAACUUAGUGAUAAAUGUUUUUUUCUUUCUCUUACUCCAACAGUUAUCAUCAUCUGUAUGAAACAUGAUAUAUAUCCGAUUUUUUCCAUCCAAUAUGAUUACAUAAUUGUGACUUGUAUUAAAUUGGUGUUAAUCACCUUGAUGGAAAUUGCAGAACAAUAAAGUGUAUCACUGUGUGAUUUUCUCAUAACAGAAUGUGCCAUGGAGUACACAGGCCCUGUUGGUGAAUUGAAGGAGAUGUGUGAGAUAAGAAUUGAAGUUGCAGGUAUGCAUUAGUGAUAAAAUAUUAUUUUUAAGUUUGUUAUUGCAGCUAGUGCCAGAAUAAUAAGAAUGUCAGACUUCAUGUACUUCAGAACUUGGUAUUAGCUCCCUGUUGUUCUUACAUUUACCACUACAAAUGGCCACUUGGGUCCAGUCAUUCAAAAGGCUGAUAAUGCAAUCAAACAGAUAAACUGCUAUCCAAGAGGACAAGUGAUAACAAAAUGUACUGCACUAUCCAGCAGAAAGCCGGUUAUCUAGUGAAUAGGGUUAUCCACCCUUGAAAAAAAGAUUUGCUACUUUUGUAAAUCUAAAAAUAGUACUGACUUGGGAACAAGAGAGAUGUUAAAUUUUCAAAUCAUCUAUCCAAUGAGAAAGUUUCAUAUAUGAAUGUAACAAAAUGUUUUUAAAUUCAACAUUUCUGGGAAAAAUGGGAACAGAGUGAAAGUAUAAAAUUACAAAUGAUAACCAAAGUAGGUCUCAAGUAAAGUUAGAUGUAAAACCCAACACUUGUUUUUUGCUUCCCUGGUAUAUUUGCUUACAAGUUGUACCCAGGUGCUGCUGUUCAGUCAGUACUCCUUGUUGAUUUGCAAUUUUGUGUAUCUCAUUUUGUUAUUUUUUCCAGGGAUGUAUGGGAAAGUGUAGUCAUUACAUGCAAACAAAAGUAUUGUUAAAGCAAUUUGCUACAAAACUAAUCUGUGAUUAAUUAAUUUUCAGGAAUUUUACGAAACUGUAGGGUAAGUAUCCUCAGUGACAUAAAUGGUGAAAUGAUUCAGUGGUUGUAACAGCUGUGUGUCAAGUUGUGAUGUCUUGUCUUUUUGCAGUAUAUCAAACUAACCAUUAUCAUGGUAAUAUCGUGAAAAUUGAUCAUUGAUAUUUACAUGUAUUGAACACUGAUUGGAAAAAUAAAUGGAACUUCUUAAAGAAACAAUUUGACUGAUCAUGAAAAUGUGAAUAAAUGUAUUGAUUGAUGAAUUGAGUAAACAAGGAAAUUAUGUUUGUGUUUCUUCCUUAUAACUGUUGUUCUUUUAAAUGACUGUAAAUAUAUGAAAAUCAUAUAUAUGAACUGCAGAUUAAUAAAUGAAUAUGAAAGCGAUCUUCACAGUUGCGAACAGUACUGUGCAGCAGUAAAAGUAAGGCCUGUAGUGGAUUUCAACCCAUGAUCUUUGUGAUACCAGUACAGUAUUCUACUAACUGAGCUAACAAACCAACUGGGAGCUGGUCAUUUUGUUGGUGGUAAUAAACCAGGGAAGUGAUGAAUAAAUGACUGUUGUUCUUUUUAGUUAGGGAAUGUAAGAAACAAAUAUGAUGCUGAUGAACAGGCUGCCAAACAACAUUAUGAGGUAAGUGACAUGAACCCUCACAUUCCAAGGGGUAACCUAAAGAAAAACUCUUGAAACAAUAUCGUUAACCCUUUAACUCCCAAUAUCUCAUUAGUUAUUCUCUUUACUGUCUGCCAUACAGUUCAUGUGUUAUUAGUUUGGAGAAUUUGGUAUUGAAUCAACUCAUAAUCCCCUAACUGAUAUUUUUCUCUAUUCUUAUCACUUGCCUGAUUGAUACUGUAUUGAUAUUGUAUGGAGAAAUUCUGUCUUGAUCACUCAUAUUUAAAGGGUUCAAUUUCCAAGAAUAUGUUAAGAGAAUAGAAAAAUAUCAAUCAGUAAAUAUGAAAUCUUUGAACUAGAAUCACAAAAUUGUAAAUUGAUUGAACAGAUCUUGAGAAGGGAUAAAGAGUGUAUUUAAUGAGAUCAUCUAUUAUCCAGUCAUGAUUUGGUUAAAAAAUUUGGCACCUUAAAAACCGUUGAAGCCAAUCAUCAAACUACUUAAACAAUGAUGCAAAUUGUUUAACCUUACUGCCUGACCAAAGUGUAGCAGUCAAAAGGUUGUGAUGUACAAGUGGAAGUCAUUUAUUUUUGUGCAUACUAAUCUAUAACAGUUGGCUGCAAAUUAGUUGGCUAUUUUCAAAGCUCAGUAGAGGUUGCAAACAUGCCUUUGACCUCUCAGCCUUGCCUCUACUUUAUUACAUACAGUACCUUGAUAUUUUUCAAAUGAUGUUUUUUUUCAAUUGACUAUUAUCAAAAUAUUUAAUAUCUUUCCUUUACAGAGUGAAAAGUUGGCCUUGAUGGAAAGCAUGAAGCAAGAGUUGGAAGAAAAAAUUAGAAAAUUAGAAGAAGAUAAACAAAAUAUGGAUAUCUCAGCUGGUAAAAUCUUUGGAACUAUGCUCAUUAUUUUGGCUGCUUAUUGUUUCUCCUUCAUUAUUAUAUAAAUCAAAAUUCUCACUCCUAAAAACUUUUUAGUUGAGUUAACUUUAGUUAGUGACAGUUGUGAAUACUUUUGAAUUUUGUUAUUUACUUCAUUUCAGAUAUCUGGCUUGAAUCUCAGUCACUUAAAAAGAGACACAGGAAGUCAUCUGAUGGAUCCAUGCUCUCUGACAAAAGACGGAAGCCUGUCACUGUUACAGAUAUCCUUUUAGAACUUUACAUUUAAUAUGUUUCUUAAACUGUGAUCCAUACAGAUAAAUUAAGUUUAACACCUCCUGCUGAAUUGACUUAACCCUUAAUUUCCUAAGAUCUGAUUGUUAAUUCUCUCCUCUAUCUGCAACACUUUUUCGUGUAAAUUAGUUAGGAGAAUUUGUGUCAUAUCAUCAUGAUGACAACUUCAAUUUUGAGAAUUCUCAUCACCUGUUUACUGGAUAAUGUAUGGAUAUUGUAUGGAGAAGCUACAUGUCAAUCACUCCAAAGGAGUCUGAAGGUUAACCAUCCAGUGACCUUCCUUGCUGGCAACCUAGCCAUACACAUCCAUAUUCCCCUUUGCACACAUCAAACUCAACACAGAGGAUUCAUUGGAAAUCAUAAACAGUAAAGAUAAUUAAAAAGAGAAAGAAAGUCUGUAAAGGGACAGAAAGAAUUAGGAACCAAUUAAGAAAUCUGUGAGCAAAGCCAGUUCAAAUUCAGGUGUAAUAUACAUUUACGAAGAAGUGCAAAGGUACUAGCAGAACUUAAACCUGACAAAAACCUUAGGCUGCAUUCAGUGGUAUGGGUAGUAUAUAGAUGUUAGCAUGGUUAUAAUAGUAUGUUAGAAAAUAUCAGUUAUACCCUUAAGCUCCCACCUUUGGCUCCUGGUUAUUAACUAAGUUAUAUUACAUUCAGUUUUAAGAAGGUUAUUGCAGAUUUAAGUCAAAAGUAUUCUCAUUGUCUUUUCUUGACCUUACCCAAGUCCCUAUAUUGUGUAUAUGUUAAGAGAAAUGGAUAUUCUUGAAGACUGGGCAGCCAUCAGGAAGGUAAAUCUUGAGGUGUUUUUAUCAGAAUUUUUUUUUUUUUGGAUAUGAGAGUUAUAUUUAUUUUUCUGUAUUUAUUGUUUUGUUUUCCAAUUACAACUACCAGUCUGUUUCCAAUAAAAAAAAUGAUGUGCUAUAACAGAUUUUUUUUUAAAGGCAAAAGGGGCAUUGGCAAGGAGAAGACAAGAAAGUAGGACAUUAUUUGAUUUACCUUCAUUUCCAAAAUAAUUUUGCAGUUGUUGGCCAUUGAUACAAACAAAUUGAUCAUUUUUUUGGAAUGGCUAAUAUGUCUGUAGAUUUAAUGACAUUUCUUUGUACCUGACUGUGACAUUGUUGUUAGAACACCUGCCAACAAAAUACAGUUUAAGAGGCUUGUUGGUCUUACUUAAACUCUGUUCUCCUUGGUGUAAAACACUCAAUAACACCGCUUCCUUCAUCAGUACUAGGAUGUACAAAUUAUGCACUACUACUUAAUGAUGAAUAUCUUUACGCUGGAUAGUAAUGUAGAAUUUUGAUUUCCAUUGGAGAAUAGUCCAUUAAAUUUGAAUACUUAUCAAUUUUAAGCAUUUUGGAAUGGAGACCUAAGCAUUGUUCCUUCUACUUUGAGCGAAUACAGGACAUUUUGCACAAAAGACUUUUCACACAAGUCUUUUAGCACAAGUUUUGGACCAUUCACACAAUUCUUAGUGGUCAUUUCGCACAAUAAUUAUAAGUGAGAAACAUCAAUAUAAAAGGUAUACUAGUUGAUACUGAUAAGACAUUUCACCUUCACAUGUCACUUUCAAUAAGAUACAACAGCGAGAACGUAGACACUUAUUUACGUGGGAACUUCAACUAGAUUGAAACGCUUGUGAGCAUGAUCACUAUUCUUACUUAUACUUACUUGAAGAAAGGAACAAAUCUUUCUCUCUAUGAAAAUGUAAAGAACUCCCUAUUCGAACGAUUACUUCUAUUACUUUUCCUUUGUUAAACAAAAAACCUUUUAGUUUUGACAGUACAUCAUCCACCACAAACAUACAAACAUAACAAUCCAACAUUAAGGACACCAUGUUGAUUUCAAAAGUAAUUGUCACCAGUCCUCCCUCUUCUGAAGUCAAAGUAAAAACCUGCAAACUGUUUCACUUUUUAUUAAAAAUGACAAAAGACCUAUUUACAAAAUUUCUGUGUAGAUAUAUAUAAAUUUCUGUAUAUAUAUAUAUAUAUAUAUAUAUAUAUAUAUAUAUAUAUAUAUAUAUAUAUAUAUAUAUAUACAUAUAUAUAUAUAUAUUUAUAAAUUGGUGAAUUCAGAUAAACAGUUACAUCCAUAUCUCAACUUAACACGGCCAUGUUACUCGGUCAAGACUCGAAGAAAUUUAGCCCUUUCCAACAUUCAUUUAAGCUAUAGUACAUCUAGAUUUCUUUAUUUGUUUUGAUCUUAAGCUUAUAUGAUUACUUAUUGAACAACUAGCGUGAAAUCUUUGAAUUAUUUUGAAUUUUUAAAACUUUCGUGAAAUCAUUUGUUUACAUCACGGUCGCUAUGACGCUUAUCGAUCAAUACUGAACUCUCCAUCGCUUAGGUAAUUGUUAUUAGAAUAAUUUGAAAGGUUACCACUUGAUAGAUGUAUUAAACUUUACGAUCUUUAAAAAGAUUACAGAUCGAACUUGUCUUUCUACAAGAUCACUAGUUUCUACCUACAUUGACACAUUCAAGUUGUCAAAUCACAACACUUGCACGUGAGGACAUUCGAUGUGAAGCACUCUCUGAAUAUCGAGUUAUUAACGUUGAACUGUUUUUGCUGUACGUAUUAUCAGUAUGCCUAAUUGUCAUUAUAUAACGAAGAUAUAGGAAGCAAGUUUUCAUUAGCUUUAUUUGAAACUCUUGGAGAUCGAUAAAACAGGCUGUUUGAAGGCGAUUGAACAAGGAAGGAAGACUGGUGACAGUUACUUUCGAAAUCAAAAUGGUAUCCUUAGCGUGGGUUGUCAUGUAUGGAGGUUUGUAGUGGAUGAUGUACUGUCAAAACUAAAAGUUUUUUCGUUUAACAAAGGAAAAGUUAUAGAAGUAGUCGUUCGAAUGGGGAGUUCUUUAUAUUUUCAUAAAGAGAGAGAUUUGUACCUUUCCUUUAAUCAAGUAAAAAUAGAGAUCGUGUUCACGGGCAUUUCGAUCUAGUUGAGGUUAUUACGUAAAUAAAUGUCAACGUUCUCGCCGUUGGAUCUUGUGAAGGUGAAAUGUCUUAUCAGUAUCAAUCAGUAUACCUUUUAAAUUGAUGUUUCUCACUUAUAAUUAUUGGGCGAAAUGACCACUUAGAAUUGUGCGAACUGUCCAAAACUUGUGCUAAAAGACUUGUGCAAAAAGUCUUUUGUGUGAAAUGUCCGGUUACCCUUUGAGCUUGAUUUUUGAUCAGCCAAAAUGUUAGGUGCCCACCUCUUCCCUGUUUUUUCUUUUUAUUGAGUUUGGAUUUGAUGAAGUCCUACUAGGAGUUAUAGAGGGAAAAAACCUUCAAGUCUAAGUAAGAUUAUUAAUGUUUUGGAAAUUUGAAUCAUUAAACUCUGUUAUUUCGUGCAUAGGUGGUUGUCAAUCAGAGAAGAGUCCAUUCAGUGCGCGAUAUGAAGAUGGAAAGCUUUACUAUGAAGGAGAAUGGUAUGUGGUUCUGUGACUGACAUAUAUUUGUUAAUUUGUGACAGCUGUGCACACAUGACAAUGGCUAUCAAGACUAAAUUACAUACCUUGAGUGGUAUUUGUGAAUAAUUGUGCAAAAGCUCUAAUAAUUACAUUGUUAUCUUUACAUUCUUUUUCAAGGUUCCACAAAGGUGAUCAUGUACUGAUAGAGAGCAGAAAUGAUACACAUUCCAGGUAUGUUUACAGCUCAUGUUCCACAAUUUCUUGUUGAGUAUUUGUUAGUCCCCAGUCUAGUUCAAUUUCUUUUUCAAGUGUGCAUUGCAAGGCACUGAUUUUGCUCCAGAAUGUUUUGCAGCAGUUUUCAGAAAUGAUUUGUAGGUCAAAGAAGUGCCUUGAUUUAUUCAAUUUUACCAUGUUGUAGCCAUAGCACUAGGCAAACACUAGCUUUUUAUGGCUUAUUUCAAUAAAUUUGUUCUGGUGAUGAAAUUUAUAUAUAAUUAUAUAUUUUUUUUAAUUUUAGUGCUGUUGUUACAGGAAUCAACACUGGAGAGGUGAUUUAAUAAUUUUUCCUUGUUUCUACUUUUUUGAUAGGUGUUUUGAGCCAGUCUUCUCACAAACAGAACUAAAAAUUUCUUUUCAUGUUAACCCUUAAAUCAGAACUCCCAAGAGAGAGAUCUGCAUCAAAUUUCUCAUUACAAUAUCACCAUCUUAUCACAAGUAAAGGUUAUGGGAAUCAAAGAACUGAUCAGUAAAGAAAAAUAGCCAUCCAAUAAAAUAGUCAAAUUCUCUCAAUGGCUAUUGCAUGGAAAUGCAUGAGCACCUUUGACAAGAAUUUAUGGAAUUUAAUGGUUGAAGUUUAGCUGUUGUUUAACAAAACUGUGGUCUAACUUAUCUUGAAUUUGGCUGAAUCUUUAGCCUGAACAUUCAUAUUUGUGACUUUUGUCAAAAGGGCCAAAAGCUACCUAUUGAAGGACAUUUAUUAAAUGAUUUGAUAAUCGUCUUAUAGCGAGUACAUAAGGUUAACUGCUUGCGUAAAACUCCAGUUUGGGUUAGACCUCAUGUAAAUAACCAGCCCUUUAUGUCUACAAUGGGGUUUAAAGGGUUAAUAUUUAUCUUUUUCUUAUGGAACAUUUUCUUGAUCAGGAGUAAUUGUUUAUGAUUGAUUUUCAGGUGUGGGUAAGAAAAGGAGAUGGAUCAAAAACAAAGUUAUACAUAGGACAACUACAGAAAGGAAAAUACAGGAUUAAAAAGUCAUGAAAACUAAUUGAUCAAGGGCAACAUUUUGGUAUACAUUGUAUAGAAUCUGUUAGAUUUCAGUCUAUUCUGAGGCAGAUUGUAUCAGGAUGCUAUGAUACUUGUUAUAUGUGUAAUGUAGUUGGUGCAUAUCAUAUGACACUUUGACAUUAUGACAUGUUGCUAUGACAAUAGUGAUGUCUUGAGGAUAGCAAGUCUUUGAAUCCACUAAACUGAUGCAAGAAAAUGGCAUUUUAACUUGCUCGUGCACAACUGGAAGCAAUGAAAAAAUGACCAAGGUAUCCUGACCCUCGAGACAAGAGAGCACAAAACCUAAGGCCCAACAAGAGCCCCAAAGAGUGAAAAGAGAAAACUGAUGUGUAAGAAUUAAGAUAAACAGGAUGAAUGAUAUCAAUCAAGGUCAGGAAGGGUUGGCCAGAGAGGGAAGUCUUUUAGUAAUGAGCAACAAGUAAAUCACAUGGAAAACUGUUAGUCACACAAUGUAAAUAAGCUCCCAUACCCAAACAUUUAGACUCUCAGAUAUGUGUGAGAAGCAAGUUUUCUGUGUUAGUUGUCUCUUGACCAGUGGAAAACAUUAAAACUUGUUUUAUAGAUUGAUUGUUAUCAUUAUGCAGUGGUUCUUUUUCUAAUGGAAUGUUAAAGUUUAGUCUGGCUGAUAACAAAAGGAAAACUGGCUGUUGUGCAGUGUGUCUUUUUGUUAACUGUUUGACUCCCUGGAGUGAUAAACAUGAAACUUCUCCCUUUUUAUAUUUAUGCAUUCUCCAGCAAACAAGUAAGGAGAAUACUCAAACUUAUUGACUAGUUGUUAUCUUGAUCUAAGACCAAAUUCUCAUAACUAUGGUAGUUUACAAGGAAAUGUGUAGCAUCAGAGGGAGAGAAUUAACAAUAAUAUCUAAGGAUUUGGACAGUUAAGACUGGAUAGAACUCCUUUAAGGAAAGUUUCUGUUUUGACACUGUACUGUAAAUUCAAGUUCUCCUUUAAAAUUUUAGCCUUUUAAAUCCUUUCAAAAUUACUGUUGUCUCUCUGUGGGUGAAGAAAACUUCCUAGUAUUUAAACACAAACCUUUUGAUGUAUUUAGUAUUACACCUGGCAUUUUAACAUUCUUUCAUGUAGUGUUGCAUAGUAAUUGAAGACUAUAUAAUCUUAUUUUCUGUUUGCCAUGCAAGCUGUAAAUUGUCUUCUGAAGAAAAUUGUGACUCGAAAAGGCCCUUACUAAAUAAAAGUGGAUGUGUUUUAUAAA